CCAAACCUCUAAAAAAUAAUUGAAAUCAUUUCUAUACAAUUAAUCAAUCCAAACUUUUGUCGACGCUGGAAAAAAAACACGAGUGUCACCGGCUGCAAAUUCAUGAAACUUUUUCCCCCCUUUUUUUCCUUCUAAACAAAUGGGGAGAAGAAAAAAAUCCGUAGCUUCAUACUUUUGCGGCGUUUUUUUCCGCAAGAGACCGCCCGCAGUGGAGGACGACGAUGGCGGCGAGGAAUGCCCCGAUCCCUCCACCGCGAGCUCCGACGGCGUCCGCGGCGACGGCACCAUGACGCCGGAGGAUGCGGCCGCCGCGAAGCCAUGCAGCCCCGAGCAGGCGCCGUCGCUGCCCAUGCCGCCAGGAAACCGCCACAUGCGGACGGCCUCCUGCGGCCAUAACCUCCAGCACCGCCGCACCGGCUCUAGCGUCUCGAGGCUCGUGUCGAGCAUGAGCCUCCGCAGCAUGGGCGGCGGUGGUGGGGCCGCGGAGAAGCCUUCUGCCCGGAUUAGGGAGAGGGCGAGGAUUUUCAAACACGAGGAUUCGGUGUGGAAGAAGACGAUAAUAUUAGGAGAGAGAUGUAGGGUUCCCGAGGACGAGGACGAGGACGAUGUUAAAUUAUUCGACGAGAAGGGGAAUAAGAUUAUUACGUACCAUCCCAAGUCGCAUAGCGGAUUGUUACAAUAUUCUAGGCAGAGUACAUCUUUAGAUGCGGACCAUGAUUUUCGGACAAACUUGAAGUUGUAGGUACAUUGUGUUGUAAAUACUUUUUCAUGUCAUCAUAAUUUUUUGUAUUUGGAAUUUUGGUUGGUGCUUUGGAUCAU